UACACUGAAAACCACGAACCUAAAAAUUCCAAUACUCUGCAGUUUCGUUUUCACUUUUUUCACUCUUUUCCACCACCCAAACACUCUUCUUCUUUAUUCUUUUUUUUCAUACCUUUAAAAUUCGCUUAAAUCCAACCCAAAAUCACUUAUUCUACUAACCGCUUUUCUCUGAAAACCCCAAUGAAGAACACAUCGUCGAGGAACUCCGAUUCCUCCUCUCACUUUGAUUCACCUCACUCUCCUCUCCGAUUUCGAUCUUCUCCGUUAUCCGACGGCGGCGAUCCGUUUCACUCCACCGAAAACUCACCGGAAAAUGAUAAUUCCAGAGCCAUCGUAAUCAUAGAGCCUUCAUUACAAUACUCUCAAGUCGCAGCACCUUUACCGGAUUCCGAACACCGGAACCCGCCGUCGAAUGACCACCCGGCAGUGGUGGUUAACAGAGCCAUGAGGAAUGAUCCUCCUCCUACCGCAACGAAUCUAGGCCACCCCGUCACCGGAGGAGGCCGUGAAGACGGCGGAGGAAGGGGAAGACCAAGGACAAACACGCCGACGUCAACAGCAUGGUCGAAAAGUGAUGUAGUGACGGGAAAAGUAGCGUUAGGGUUCCGAUUGAGCGAGGUGGUGCUUUGCCUAAUUUCGUUUUCCGUUAUGGCUGCGGAUAAGACUCAAGGUUGGAGCGGUGACUCCUUUGAUCGCUAUAAAGAAUACAGGUAUUGUUUGUCUAUGACAGUUAUAGCUUUUGUAUAUGCGGGUUAUCAAGCUUGUGAAUUGGCCUAUCAACUUAUAAAAGGAAAACACAUAAUCAAUCACCACUUGCGUUUUCAUUUUGAUUUCUUCAUGGAUCAGGUUCUGGCAUAUCUUCUGAUAUCAUCAGCAUCAUCAGCUGCGACACGGGUUGAUGACUGGCAAUCAAAUUGGGGAAAAGAUGAGUUCACAGAGAUGGCUAGUGCUUCUAUUGCAAUGGCCUUUCUUGCUUUCAUUGCCUUUGCUAUUAGCUCGCUUAUCUCUGGUUACAACCUAUGUAACCGCUACCCUUAGCAAUACUUUAACCUUAUACUUCGAUUUAUAUCUGUUUAUACUUUUUCUUUCUGUGGAGAAGAAAUGCAUUCAAAAUAACAUUGAGUCCUCUGUAUUUUUAACUGUAUAGACAGACUUUUGUACACAUUCACUUGCAAUAUAUUGGAAAGAUGAAGAUGCAGAAUUUUGACA